GUAAGACCCGGGGAAAGAAGCAAAUCACUAGGAACGCCAAGGCGGCGCAGACCAUCUGUUCGCGAGGGUAGCGGAUUAUCGGAUGACGCUACUAAAUCGGGUGAACGUCAACGAACUUCCUUGGAACCAACUCAAGGCGGAAACAGGCGACGCCGACAGGGUAGUGAAUCGGAUCCAGACGGUGAGUCGCGAGAAAGAGGAACGCCAUCACAUCCGGCACGCGGAGAAACACAACGGGGAAGGGGCUAGGGGGGAAGGGGAACUCCGGGUGCCGAUGACCGAGCGACCAGGAACGGGGACGCUGGAGGAAGCAUGGAACCUGGCGCCACGAACAGAAGCGAGCACCCUCGUUCCAGUACCAGAUGCGGAGUGUGCUCGGGCCAGGUCAUCGAGGGACACCGUGUGGGUGCACGGGUGCGGGGCCCAACACUCUCGGAGGGACAGCCUGGAGGCGGCGGUUCAAGCUGACCCGGGGCUGCAGCUACGAGCUGAAAGCCUGAUAAGGGGGUUAAACGACGAACCCCACGGAGCACGUUCGCUAUACAUCUGGAACCAAGACAGUCCGGGAAUAGGGCCUGCUUUGGACGAUGUCAGCAUGGAUGAUCUCUCACUCAGGUUCCAGACGGUGAAGAAAGUUCAACCUAGGUUUGCUUCCGACCAUGCCCGUCUCCAAACUCACGUGCUCCACCUUGUUAACAAGCAGCUAGCAGAAGGCGGCGGAGCUUCCUCGGCGACCGGGACCCCACUUUCCACUAUCCGGGUCAUCAAACUUUGGUACCUCCUACCAGGUAUUCUGCACUUCUUUGAUGGUCGGAUAGCUCGAAAACAUCGCUACAAAUCGCUCAAAAGAGAGGAUAUAUCGUCCGUUCUUCCUUGGCUGAUUGAGUAUACCAAGGCGGCGAGUGCAAGGAGCAGGGGACCGGCACGGGAAGACAGGCCCGACGACAAGUUCAAAAGGGCGGCGCAGGCAUGCCGGCACUCUGGAGGCGUGAAGGACGCAGCAAGAGCGCUCCUAGCCGAUCAACCGUCACCGGGGAACGACGAGACAUGGGCACGUCUGAAAGCCAAAUUUCCGCAUGAGGAUCCCGUACAAGUGGAGCAGGCCAUCGCCGAAGCCAUAGCUGCAAGCCGCACCGAGGAGGAGGAAGGAAGCGCCCCGAGAUGGAGGCCAGAAACCGAGUUCGAUCCACAAGUACUCCUUCAAGUCGUCAACCGCAGGAGCUCCAACUCUGGAGCAGGAAAUGACGGGCCACGUUUCUCCCACCUCAAGUCCAUCGUCAACACUAAAAUUGGUCGGGAAGAGUUCAGCAACGCGAUGUCGUCCCUUUGGAGGAGGCUCAUCAAAGAUCCCCACGCGUUCCCACCGGAGUUCUGGACUCUUUUGAAACAAUCCAGUCUAAUCGCCCUCGGUGAAAAGUGCCGUCCAGUGUGCAUUGGAAUGACUUGGAGAAGGCUGAUUGCAGCGGGAACGGUCAGGGAGUGGAAACCGAAACUGGAAGAAAUAUUUCGGGAAGCGGACCAAUUCGGAGUGGCGGUAGCUGGAGGAGUUGAACAAGUUGCGAUCGACGCACAACUGGUUCAUCAGACAGGCCAUUGGGUAGUCCAGACGGAUUGCUCAAAUGCCUUCAACACGGGCAAGCGCACCGCCAUAAUGGCUCAGGCCUCAAAGAGCGUCCCAGAUCUCGUGGGGUACAUCGCCAGGUGUUACGACGAAAUCCCGGCAAAGGCGAUAUACACGAUGGACUCCGGAGAGCGUCGGACGAUCGAGUGCAAGAGCGGUGUGCAGCAAGGAGAUGGAAUGGGACCGCCCCUGUUCUGCUUCAUCCUAGUCCCGAUCGUCUUGAAGCUUAGAGCCAAGUACGACCACCUCGGGGUAUGCUUGAAAGCUUAUAUGGACGACAUCAGCCUGCACUUCAAAGAUAUCACAGCGGAAAAUAUCCAGGUGACACCGGACCUCGUCGACGAACUAGAAGCAGUGGGCAUCAUCGUCAACAGGGGGAAGAGCUCAGCGCUUCCCCCACCAGGGCACGACGUGACGCCAACAGAAAGGAGGCCACUUGGCGAUGCAGGCCUACCGAUUGCGGAGGAGGGCAUCACAGUUGUGGGAGUCCCCAUUGGGACGGAUGCCUACGUCGAGGAUAUCGCAAUGAAAGUGAUAACUGAAGGGGGUGCAGAGAAGCUUGCUCGUUUGCUGGUGCGCAUGCCAGACAAACAGGUGGCUCACCUCGUCACAUCACAAUCGCUGACACAGCGAUCCGGAUAUAUCGAGAGAGGCAUCAAUCAUAAGCUAGUGAAAGGGGCUUGUAAACGCCUGGACAAUAUGGUGAUGUGGGUCCUAGAGGCAACGAUGGGGCUCAGAGACACGAAGACGAAGAAGAGUUCUUCCAUGACGACUGCCAGCCUGACCGCUUCAAGUUAAACCCUAUCAACAAGCCCAGGCGCGCCUGUCGAGAGGAGCCGGAGGACUAGUAUUACCAGCAGCCGUUAUGCGAAGGUUCUCAGCUUCUCUGGGCAACCUAGCCGGCACCCUUCCUGCGGCUACAGCCGCGUUGCGGGGUCCAUUGGGAGAGUCGGUGAGAGGGUCGGAUACCGGGAACCGUGUUGGUGGAGCCGAUGGGGGACGCUAUCAAAGAACUCAACCAGGAGCAUGGAGUAUCGGUGGAGAUUCUGAAGGGGAUCCUUCCCCCGUCAUGGGUUGAGUGGGCCUUAGAACCGCCAGGAGAAACCGGAAGGCGUCAGCCCACCGUUGCAGAACUGGCAGCACACGAUGGGGAAUCUACUACGCCGAGGAAAGCCCAGCACAAACUGGGCAAGGCGAUUAACAAGAUACAACUUGAAAAGUUUUUGUAGUCUCAGGAGCACCUCCCUCAGGAGGCGGUACCACCCACGAGGGACAACCCCUACNAGAGCGGGUCCCACCGACCGAGCUCGAGAGAUUCCAUCGAACGAAUUGGUCUACGCGACGAGACGCGCCUUGGGAGUUGAAGAAUUCUUGGCGGAAAGAUGUCCCAGGUGCCACAGAGGCAGGGAAGGCGAGAUCAUCACAACGGUGCACGCAAGGACCUGUCGAAGGGAUGGAGCACAGGUCAACAUGCACGAGCCGUUAAAAUACGCACUAUCGAGAGCACUCAACGGCCUUCGCGUCAAACACGACGUUGAAAGCGGGGCACCGUUCACGGGGGAAAGAAACCUGAGCAUGGACAUCGUCAUCAGGCCAGGAGCCCUCACGAACGCAUCUUCUCCGGGGUACCGCAACAAAGGAAUACUCCUCGAUGUCACACACGCAGACCCGCAAGCACAGGUACACUUGCGGAACGGCAGCGCGACCAGCGAUGGAACCGCAGCCCAAGCAUCCGAGGCGUGAAAGCGUUAGCACUACGCUCGUUCGGGACACAUGUCCUUUGACGAACACAGUUAAAAACUUACCACCUUAGCCGUGGAAAGCUUUGGCCGCCUUGGAGAGUAGGGUUACGAGUUCAUCGAUGAACUUGCGACACAUGCCGUGGGAGGAAGGGACGGAGGAACGAUGGCUCUGAAAGGAGUCUUCAAGGAACGACUUCUUCAGAUCGUUUCGGUGGCUACGCAGGUGGCCAUAUCUCGGCGAGUGCAGAGGUACAAGCUCGCAUUGCGCGGGCGUCAAGACGCCGAAAAUAGGCGAACAAGAUCGACCUCGAACCAGUCAACGCCAAUGAUAUGGGGAUGGAGUGUAGACGCAUCGUAGAACGCGUUUUCGUUUGAAGUAAGCGUCUUGCUUGAGAGUAGAUGUGACAGAUUUCCGUAGAAUAGGGUAAGAUGUUAUCAUGAACGGAGAAGAAAGGGCGUUUCCAACACGGAGAUGUAGCAUGGAUCAAAGCAUUUGUUGGAUUUCAGCGUUUACAAGAGGACAUCAACGCAGUAGUAUUUUAGCAAGCUUACGAACGCAUAUAGGAUACCAUGAGGAUUGUCAUUGGUUUUAUUUGGAGUUGAAGAGGAGAUAUUUUUACGAUGUAAGUGACAGUAGAAAUAAGUCCUACACAUGUUGUUGUACUUCGUAUUGGUUUAAUAUUCAUGUGGAGUAUAAGACAUUAAGUGAAAGUUUUCUGAGGUACAUCUGCAAUUGUCGGAAGGAAAAAAAA